AUGCUAACCUCUCGCGCAUCAACUAUCCUCAACCUGCUGGUAGAUGAAUACGUACAGACUGCCACUCCCGUGGCGUCAGACGGAAUCGCCCGCAGCCCUGCACUUCGAGUGAGCCCUGCCACUGUGCGAAACGCCAUGUCCCAGCUUACGGAAGAAGGUUACAUAUCCCGUCCUCACGUCUCCGCAGGCGGCGUUCCGUCGGACCUGGGCUACCGCCACUACGUAGAGUCCCUGGACAAGUGGCCGGAACUGUCGGUGCGCCUGAGGAGGCGGGUUGACAGGUGGCUGGACGACGCGGAGCCCGAUGCUGCCGUAUGGGCCCGACGGUGUGCGGCAGCCCUGUCGCAGAUGACAGCCAACCUCGCUAUCGUAACGGAGCCACGCUCAACAUCGCCUCGCCUGAAACGGCUGCAGUUGGUCUUCCUCCAAGAGUCCAUCGCGCUGCUGGUGAUCGUUCUGGGCGAGACGCGAUUGCUUAAGCGGCUUUUGCCGCUGGACGAUUCAGUCAGCCAACAACAGCUGGACGUGGUCGCCGAACACCUGAACAGUUCCCUAGCUGGCCUGAACCAUCGACAGAUCAAGUCACUACAACUCUGCCUAAGCAACUUGGAGCAGAGAGUGCUGAACGACUCGUUGGAGAUGAUGCAGGAGUCGGAACAGGCGGACCUGCCGGAGCACCAUGUCGAGGGGCUCAGUCGGUUGCUGAAUCAGCCUGAAUUCGCUGCGGGGGAACGCGCCCGCUUGCUCGUCCAGAUGAUGGAAAGGCGGGUUAUGGUGGAGCGAAUCGUGGCGACAGAGCGGGAGUCCGGCCCCAGAGUAACCAUCGGGGCGGAGAACCGAGAUGAGUCUCUUCGCCCUUUCGGCGUUAUUGUGUGCCACUACGGGCGACCGGGAGGCGUCGGAGGCGCGAUUUGUGUCGUGGGGCCAACGCGGAUGAGCUACCAGACGGCCAUAGCCGGCACUCUCCAUUUGGCGGCCUUCAUGGACCGCAUGGUGCAGUCAUUGGGAGCAGGCGAGGCCGUCCGGACGUAG